AUGCUCCGUGAGAAGCUGUGCAAGUUGACGCAGAUGGGCACACUACAUGACUACAUCGACGCCUUUCAGGACAUUCUCAUACAAUGUCCAAUGCCCAUCUCAGCAUUAGAAAUGCGGUUCUAUUUCCAACAAGGCCUCCGUAAAGAGACAAACAACCAUCUCAGUGAACACCAUCCAGCUACUUUGGAAGAGACCAUUCAGCUGGCACUACGCUUCGACCAUGGGCUGCAACGCCCGGCUCAAGCCUCUUCGGACUGGGAGAAGACGGCCACUUGCCACCGAUGCAAGGCUGUGGGCCAUAUCGCACCGAACUGUCCAAUCAAGUAG